AUGCUGAUGAGAUGGCUGCAAUCACUAGCAUCCGAGGUUGAAUACUCCAUUUUCAUGCAAGCACUUGCUGAAAGGGAUCCCGGGACACACCUGGACGGUGUCACUGCUCAAAGAGAGCACCCGACGAUGAGAUGGAUUGCAUCACACAGCAUUUACUUGGAAUGGCUCGCGUCCUCAGCACCCGCCUUCCUCCACCUGCAUGGCAAACCUGGCUCUGGAUCUUCCGCUGUUGCGGGUGUCAUCAUGGAAGAAGUGGCAGCGAUUCCCGACUUCCAAGACGCAACAUUCGUCAGGUUCAAUUCUCACAAGCAGUAUAUCCAAACAUCAGAGACGGCCAGGAUUCUUCUUUCCUUGUGCCGCCAAAUUCUGUCGGCGAAUCCCAAGUUAUUUCGACGUACCAAGCCGCUUUGCAGGACCAUGCGAGCAGAUAAUCUCUUCAACAAGUCCGCCGCCUGGGGUCUCUUCCAGUCCCUUCUCAACUUUCAUUCAGGUCCCUUAUUUAUCUGCCUUGAUGGAAUACACAAUUUGCCGCCUGACUUCCUCGAAUACCUUAGCACCAUCAAAUCUCUAAAGCAAGAGAGUGGAGAGCCCCCGAGAUUUCUUGUCACCAGUUCCUCGGAAACACUCCCCAUUUUUCCGGAUUCAUUGAAGUCGACAAUCGCAACAUUGAGCCUCAGUGACGAAGCGGACAUGAAGCGAGCCACCAAACAAGCCGUCCAGAGGAGGGUAUUGGACAUUGCUUGGCGGAAUGUGCUCUGGUAUGACCUCCAGAAAACGAUUAUCAAGACAGUUUGCCACGAUUUACCACCUUAUCUUGUUGCUAUGCAGUCGCUGGAUCUGUUGGAUCUUGAGCACCUUCCCCGCACACUUGAUGGUUUAUACUCACAUUAUAUCGCGAUCCUGUCUCGGUGGGAGCGUCAAGUUCUGGGCUGUAUUGUCACGGCGGUCCAACCGCUGCGCAGUGUUGAACUUGCCAUUUGUCUGUCUCUGCAGGGGGAGGAGACCCAAAGUUGGCGAGAUCUACGCAGCCGGACUUCGCAGGAUAUCAUCAAAGACAUUCUUGGACAUAAAAAGAUACGGCAUCUGGUAAAGGUCAGAGACGAUAGGGUGUAUCCCAUCUACGAGACUCUGACCGACUAUCUGCACACAAAACACAAGCAGGUCUCCAAACAGUUGCAUUUGUCAAUGCUGAAGGCCUGUAUCAAGUACAUCAGCGACCUCUACCACGAUACAUCUUUCCUAUUGGGUCUGACCUCAACCCCUGAGCUUGGAUCCAAUAUCACGCAGGAUGCCACGCUUUCCAAGGAAGCCGGGUUUCUAAGAUACGCGAGCCUGUGCUGGCCGGACCACUACAACCUUUGUCAUGGUGAUCCUCAAGCAUACAGAACGGUUUCUCAGCUCUUUGGAAACCCUGCGCUGCGUUCCACCUGGUUCAGUCUCUAUGCACACUUCAAAAGCCACCUCCCGGAAAAUCUUGAGUCUCUGACAUCUCCCUUGGCCAUGGCUAACAAGCUUGGGCUUACACUAAUUGUCGAUGAUAUGAUUCGAGGAGCCAUACCGGGAGGCGACCAUUCCAAGACGACCUGGUCCAACCCUCUGGCAGAUUCAUCAAUCUCAAGCAGGAUGCCCUGGGCCGAUACUUUGGAGGUCAAACAUCAGCUGGUCCAGGAAGUCAUCACUUUUGCAGUCGAGGAAGGGAGAGCAGAGCUCAUCUUUCAACUGACUUCUGUCCUAUCACCCGACACGCUCGAGAUUAAGGGUCACAAGGGACUUACUCCACUGCUCAGCGCAACCAGAAACGGGCACAUGGACGUUGUGAAUGCUCUGGUCAAGCAAGGGGCAUCCUCCAAAGCAACGGGGCGAGACGGGUCGACUAUCCUGCAUCUGGCAACAAGACUGGGAAGCCUGUCCAUCGUCAAGCGGAUCCUCGAGAUCAACAGCCAGCUUGAUAUUGGAGCAAUGAACAAUGAGGGAUAUGACGCUAUCAAGAUUGCAGCAGAAUCGGGCUUUACUACGAUUUUGGAGGAGCUCCUGCACCGGAUAGAUCCCGAGACCAGAAAGAAACUUGUCAACACGCCGCUGCCAUCAAGUAGUCAGACUCCCCUUUUUCUGGCUGCGAGACACGGACAUUCGGAAGUGGUAAAGUUGUUGCUGAAACACAAAGCCGAUCCCGGCAUCCACAAUGACGGCGAAUCGAGUGCUCUCUACCAAGCCGCCAAGGAGGGAGACAGUGACGUUUUUACCGCUCUUCUCACCCACCCUAUGUACCAGAAGUUGAGCAUUCACCCGCAGGUCAUUGGUCCUUUCAAUGAUGCAGAUGGGGAAAGCUCCAUAGCCAGUGACGAUCUUGAUGCAUGCCUCCUUGUCGCUGCACGAUACGGGCGAGUCCCCAUCCUGAAGAAGCUUCUCGAGUACAAGGUUCGGGUUAACGUAACAGGCGAAGGAAAGAACACAGCACUUCAUUUGGCUGCACGAGAGGGCUUUGAACAGGCCACAACGCUUCUACUGAAGCAACACUGCGAGGUGGACCUGCGGAACGAGGAACGGCUGACGCCAAUUCAGCUGGCAGCACAAAACGGACAUAUCGGUGUUGUCAGGACUCUUCACAAAGAAGGGAAAGCAAAUAUUGCAAGGGGCCCCGACCCAGAACCUCCGCUACCAUUUCGGUCAGCACUGUCCACGUUAGAGAUGGCGGCCAUGGAAGGCCAAGUUCCCGUCGUUGAAUACCUGUUGGUGAUGGAUCCAGCAUCGGCUCCUCGGGCCCUCCAGCUGGCGGCCGAGAAUGGACAAACCGCUGUGGUGCGUUAUCUGAUGGCCAAUCAAGACCAGAUUUCAGUGUCAGUGGCAUGGGAUGAUGCAGCAUGGAUCGAAGCAGCCGGAGCAGCGCUCAAGAAGCGCCACCUCGAAGUGCUCAGGGAGCUUUUAACCUUCAAGUUGUCCGGCGUGGGAGAAACAGGACUACCAGCUAUUUCACAAGAGUUUUACCACCUGCUGUACAUGGCUAUCGAGAAAAAUUACGGGCCUGAGGUUCAAGUUCUGGCUGAGAAGGGUUUCGAUAUGAACAAGCCAAACGUCAAGAACGAGCACCCGCUCCAUCUGGCGGUCAAGUGGAACAGUCCCAACGUCAUUGUGCCCCUUGUAAAAGGAGGGUCUAGUCUAGGUCAUAUCGACGACACCCAAAAGGAUACGCCCUUGUAUCGGGCUGUUUCUCGAAACCACGCAGAACAAGUGGUGCACGAGCUUCUUGAGGCGGGUGCAGACCCCAACUGGAAAAACUUGGGCCAGGAGGACCGAACGCCGCUGCAUCAAGCGUGCUCUGUCAACAAGGACAACUCGUUGAUUAUAACCUGUCUUUUGGACCACCAGGCAGACGCCCUCGCCAGAGAUGAUGAUGGUUGGACUCCUCUCCACUACACGACCGACAAGUUCAGCCUUCCCAAUGCCAUCGCGCUCGUGGGUAUCAACCGAGAACGCACCCACUUGAUUGAAAUACGCAAUAACUACCAAUCAACCCCCCUGGUGCUUGCUGCGGAAAACGGCGCCGUGGAUGUGAUGGAGUUCUUUUUGGAGUGCGGGGCGGAUCCUAUGCUAACCAACAAGACCGGCUCGUCUGCUCUCCAUCGUGCCGCAGGAGGCGCCCACCUCGACGCGGUGAAGCUACUCAUUGAGAAUAGGUUCAAGACAGCUGAUCCGACCAUGUCCAAAGCCAACGGCAUAACGGCGCUUCACAUGGCUAUCCACAACUCCGUUCCCCAGCUCGAGAUGGUCGAGUAUCUCCUAAGCAGAGAUGGCGUUGAUAUUAAUGCCCAAAGCUCCAACUUUGGAAGCCCUCUCUGUGCUGCAGCUCGGUUCUAUUCGACGGGUUACUUUACACCAAAAGGCGAUGGGCUGAAGCUCUGCAAGCUCCUGAUGGAAAGGGGAGCUGAUGUAAAUUCUACCGGAGGGUGGAUGUAUUCUCCACUUCAUAUCGCCGCUGAGCAUGGGUCUGCCGAGCUUGUCAAACUCCUGUUGAGUAAAGACGACACCAAUGUCGACAUUUUCUGGGAGGAACAUGGAACACCCCUGAGCGUGGCUAUCCUCCAUGAGCACGAGACGGUGGUGGGAAUUCUUCUCCAGAGAGGCGCUGACCUCAACAUUCCACUUGAUGGGGAAACCGCAGUGCAGCUUGCAGUGAGGACAGGGGAUUCGGGCGUGGUGGAAACACUCCUUGAAAAGAGGCUGGAAAAAUUCCAGGUUGUACAGGGUCUUGAAGAUGCUCUGUGGGCGGCGGUUCGCAAGGAUAUGCCACAAGCUGUGAAGGCGCUCCUGGCCGAACGCAGCAAAGAUCCAUCCUCCACCCCAGACACAAUCAUUCAAGGCUGGACCAUACUUACAUAUGCAAUUUACUGGGACUCGGAUGAUGUGAUUGGCUAUCUGUUAGACAAUCCCGAGCAGCACGACGCCAACAUCGAUCACCACAACGACGCUGGUAACGCGCCCCUACACAUGGCCAUCGAGAAAGGCGCAGAUGAGCUGCUCGGACAGCUUCUCGAUCACAAGGCAGAACCAAACAUUUGCGAUCGAGUGGGAAGGACCCCGCUGAUGCUGAGUGCCAAGAAAGCCGAUCUCGACGUGAUGGAUAUGCUGAUAAGUAAAGGGGGAAACGUUUUCAGCAAGGACCUUCGCCUACGAGAUGCUCUCUACUGGGCUUGCCUCUCGCAAUCCAGCGAUGCCGUCACCAAGAUUGUGGCCGUGAUGCAAAACAAGGGCAGCGAGUGGCUCACAUCCUGCUCGGCUGCCAUCUUCCCCGUCCUCCAUGCCAGCGAAGCAAGACAGAACCUGCUCGAGGCACUGUUCAAAGGAGAGGACAUGACGGCGCGCAAAGAAGUUCUUGCCGGGAUAGCAGUGGAUAGGAACAACUGGACAUUGGCCUACACGCUUAAACACAGCCACACACCCUCGGUCACGUCCGACACAGACUUCUUACCCGGCUGGUUCGUAGAGUAUGCUCAGGAAGCGGCAGACAAAAGUAAGUUGUUGCAACCCAGGGUCUUUGUGGAGCUAACAGGUGAACAAAACAUCGCAAAGACGCUUCUUCUACGGUUGAGCCAAACACUCCAUCCAGGUGGGACGAUGUUGAUGCAGCGCACCCUCUUGAGGUGUCCCCGGAUGGGCAGACCGUCACGGUUGGCCCAAAACCACUCAUGA